UGUAUAUGUUGUAAGACGAGUUGUUCUUCACCAAUGAGCUCGCGGUAUCACAUCUCCAAACUCUGCAGGCAGCAGCCUACAGAUCAAAUGUCCUUCUCCUCUACAUCUUUCCAGCAUUCAAUUCUUGAGCUCGAAGCUUCGCCAAACUCAGAAUUAUCCUUGCCAGUGCCAGUCGCAUUGCCAUCCCGAGCACCGUCGCAUUGAGAUGACCCCCGAUUAUGGCUCCUUCAGCCGUAACAGAUGACUAUUAUGCAGUUCUGGGCGUCGCCAGAACGGCAGAUGCCGAAACCCUGAAGGUCGCUUGGAGAAGGCUGGCGAGGAUUAAGCAUCCGGAUAAGAACCUUGGAAACCCAAAUGCGACGGCCGAGUUCCAGCUGCUGGAGUCCGCAUAUUCAACCUUGUGCAAUCCUACUCUACGAAGGGCAUAUGACCUUCAAUCUAUGACCACUCCUACCAGUAAUGGUUCGACCACCGGAGCCAAAUGUCAUAAUAAUACCAGCACAACAAGCAACGACUCAUCCGAGCAGAAGAACCGCGAAAGAGAAUUGAAGCGUAGCCAUUUAUAUAAAGAGAAGCAAAGUAAGGAAUAUGACAUUUUCGAGGCCAUGCGAAACCUCAACCGAAUCCGAGGAGAGAUCCAGAAGUUGGAUGAAGACGCGAAGAGAGACACCGCCGAAGAGCUUAGUUGGUGGGGAUAUUUCUCGUUCAUGAUGCCAGGUUCACAACAACAGCGAGAGGAAAAAUCAAGAGAACGAGACCGCCGUCGUCUAGACAGAAUUGCGGCGAAACGAAUCAAGGAGAAGGAGUUGAAGAGGCAGACAGACAAGGUCACACUCCUCGAGCUUCUCUCAAAGGGCACCCAAGAUGAGAUUGAUAAGAUAACACUUGAAAUUAACAAAUGGAAAGAAGAAAAGGCAGCGGCAUGGCGAAGAGAAGCGCAGCGGCAGCAAGAAGAAUAUGCAAGACGCGAAAAGGCUCGUCGAGAGGAAGAAGAAGCUGAGGCGGUUAGGAGGGCCUCCGAGUGGGAGGCAUGGAGACGGAAAGUAGAAGAAACCUCUCGGUUGUUUCAAGAGCGUCAGCGCACUCAAAGAAAAAAGGAUGAAGCAGCAUCCUGCACCCAUAGGGGCUGGUGGAAAAAGGUCGACGGCCCUCAUCUCUGUUCGAACUGCUCAACAAGGACAAAUCGAUUCGCCCUCCAAUGCCCACAAUGCGGAAAGACUGCUUGCGCAUCUUGUCGAAAGGCUAUCCAGGCGGCUGGCCAGACAGACAAAAUACCUAGACCUAAAGUUGAAACUUCGUAUGAAACUUGGUAUGAUUAACGGGAUAAAUAGGCAAUGUUGGUGGUUUUUAUUCGCCAACACCAUUGUAAUGGGUUCUAAGGCAUAGAUUUGAAAUAUCACUAUUAUCACAUUUUUGUAUAUCACCUUCUCCAUGCUAAUUUCAUGGCUCCCAUCGCCGAUCCGCCCGCUCCUCCCCCUAAACUUGUUUAUAGAAUGACGGGCCAUUAGCACCAAGUCUCUCUCGGAGCUGUAAAAACCAACUUUUGGUGAGGAAUGCAACCUCACAUGUCCAAGGAGGCGUAACUAAGCCUUCAGGAAAUUCCUGGAUCAGAUCUCGAGGAGAGUCCCUUGAAAUCUCUCUUACGAAUAUCUUAGUGAUAUUGACUUGUAUCGACCCCAGCUUAUUGUUACCCU